AUGGCACCGCGCAGCAAAUAUUCUCCUGAGCAGAUUGCAUUCAUGCAAACUUACCACGAGAAAUUCCUUCAGUGUAAAGCAAACAAGAACUACGAGCCGUUCUGGUCUCCGUUCUUCGAGGAAUGGUCCAAGGAUAUUCCCCUUGAUGAGGCGUUGUCCGAGGAGCAACUGGUAGCUGUAGCAGAAUCCUGGACGCUGCGUCAACAGAUGCUGGGCCACAUCAUGAAGAAAGGUUCUGCCGAAAAGAACUAUCGUGUCUUGAAGCCAUGGGAGAUGUACUCGAAGAUUCACUACCACGACAAGGUCAAGGAUGCUGUCAUAGCCAAACAGGGUUCAUCUUCUAAGCCAACUAAGGAAUCCGCCAUCCAUGUCAUCACGCAACAGACCAAGAAAGCGUUUGAGGAAGAAUCAGAGGAAGUUAGAGAAAAGGUCUUUGCAGCCGUGGAGGCAAUGAAAGAGAAGAAGCGUGCUGAGAUACAGGAGGCAAGGGAGCAGAACAAGUCUGAUGUGAACAAGGAGGCUUACAUAUCCAAAAUCGCAUCAAUUCUGACUCAGUUCUUCGAAGAGCUGCAUGAGAUGACGGAUUGGGUGUUCACAGUCCUGAUGGGCGGUCCAGACCCUGCUAUGGGAGGUGCUCUAGACAUUAGCAGCUUCCAUGUCGGUGCAACAAAAAACAACAAUCGGUUCAGCCAGACGUACCCUGACUUUACACAGAAAGUUAUGGUCCCUUAUACACAGUUUGUAGAGUGUGUGUUUCCUGAAGCAGCAACACUCACCAGGGCAAAAUGCUCACUACCGUCCGGCACGUCAGCAUUACCUGCGCACGUGUCCUCCUGCCAAAAUGAUGACGCUCUGGGAGGUAUCGCUACUGAUAUAUCACCUGUCUUUUCCGGGCCCGCAUUACCUGCACAUGCGCUCAAUACUUUCACCUUCAACAACCAAAAUGAUUACCAUUCGGCCGCUGCAUCUCAGAUUCACGAUCACUCAGACGUCAACUUCUUCUCUGACUUCCCCCAAAAACCAGUUGACACGGCCAAGGAUAUGGAGUUAACGCAACCAUUAGUAUUGCUCCCUGCGCCUCCUCGGUCUCCUAAUACAGCAUAUCCUUCGCCUUCUUUGAUCCAACUUCUUCUUGCCGACUCAACUUUGCAACCGUUGAUUGAGCAAGACCCUCCAUUGAACUAUGGUCUGUCAUCACCCCCUCGAAUCCGCCAUCAAUUCCAUAACUUGGGUGGUUUGGAGACAACCACCGACCGCGAGUAUGUCUUCGACCACAUAGAUGGUCCUCCAGCGUCAGUUUCUGUCCCUGAACAGACUGCGUCGCUUCCCCCGCUUCCUCCGGUUCCUUCGGCAUCAGCUUCUUUUCUCACACAGUCUACGCUGCUUCCUGCUCCUCCCCCAGUGACAAGUUCUCCAAAACAAGAUCCUCCGGUUCCUUCGGCAUCAGCUUCUUUUUCCACACAGUCUACGCUGCUUCCCGCUCCUCCCCCAGUGAUGAGUCCUCCAGAACAAGAGGGCGGGCCAUCGAAACGUCGAAAAACGAUUCACCCUGCUGCCAAGGGAGACGCCAGACCACCUGUUGACAAUAGUCCAGUGGUCGAGGAAGGUCGAGGGAAGCGCCAGCGGUUCCAAUCCAAACGUGCUGCAGCAGCCAACGACUUCGGCCAAAUCCGUGCUUCACGCAAGGGCAAGUCUGCACGCCAGUAA